AUGGACAUUAAACCUUUCCUUCAUGAACACUACUUGCUGAAUGAUUGUUACGACAAUGAAGAGGCGAGUUGUGACAUAUGCCAUCAGCAAAUUGAUGGGUUGGCUUAUAGUUGCGAAAGUUGCCCUAAUUUCUGGUUGCAUGCAUCUUGUGCAGAAGAACAACUGCCUCCUCAGAUUUCACACCCUCUCCACACCCAACACCUCCUUACUCUGCGUAACAUUUGUCGUAAGAAAAUUUGGGCCAAACGCAAGGACAACAUUUUUUAUCGUUGCGUGCAAUGUAAUUUCAAUUUUCAUUUUGGAUGUCUUGAGAUUUCAUCUGUUAUUACACAUAAAUACCAUAGACAUGAUCUUAUACUCGUCAAGCGAUUUGAAGAAGAUGAUUCUGCAGAAUAUUAUUGUGAUAUAUGCGAGGAACAAAGAAAUGAAAAUGAUCCGAUAUAUUGUUGUAAGGAAUGCACAUUUAUUUUUCAUAUUCAAUGCGCACUAAAUAAGGUGGGCAGCGAAGCUUUGAUACCAAAACUGAGGGAGCAAGAGGAAACAGAG